AUGACCAUUUUCAUAGCACCGCAAACCUAUAGUGUCAGAGCCUCAUCCAGGUUAACGGCUUUCUGGGAGACACGCGACAGUGUCCAAGCCACGCAACAGUCUCGCAAGUCUCCCACUUGGGACGAGGCGUAUGUUCAAACGCACACGUACCGGCGCAACUCACACUUGCAGGCGUACGCGACCCUCAUCGACCCGUUCCUGGCGCUCCACCUGUACAGCUCGCUGCUUCCCAUCACAUCUUUGACCCUCCCGCCAUGGACCUGGCAGCAGGCGAUGCACAAGAUGACGGCCUUGUUCCAUAUUGGGCCGGUGCUCGUGACAGAGAACGUGCCGGAGUACAUGGUCGACAAGCGGCUUGGCAGCGAGAAUUACAACCUCACCAAGACGCAGCUCGUGAAUACGGCGCCGGCGGGCAUCUUAACGCUGCAGAGCGGCGACUGGGCAUGGCUGCAACCGUACAUGGAUGAGCUAGCAAGCAAGCUUCUACCGGGAAAGCCAGGAGAUGAGCCAGAUCCGGAAGCCCCGAACAGGCGGUUGUUCAUACCGCUGGCGAUGAGGCCGGUGGACGAGAGGGCGCGGUUCGAGAAGGGCCUGUACACCGCAUUAGAAGGAUAUCUCCAGCUGAGCAGGCGGGCGUGCCGUUGGACGAGGGGAAGGAAAAGCCAAACCUGGAACAGAACCCACUUCCGUCCCCUCCCUGUUAAGUACUCCAAAUCCAACAUUGUCGGCCCGCCCCGACUAGCGAGUGUGGAUUCGGAUUGGGAUGUGGCUGCUCGAUGGAGGCUGGGGGGGAGUUGGGGGCUGGCUGAGGUGGGUCACUAUAGACCUUGGGAGACCAGCCCCAGGGUUGGAGGAGGCCAAGGAGAGUGCAAACUAGCACUGCGGGGGCGGGUCAUGCAGGGUGGAACGCAACUAGCUAGUGCGACCGCUGCCAACGUGUGCGUUGGACAGCGGCAACAUCCAAGCUAA